CUCCUAACCUUCUCAUGAAUCGCGAAGAAAAAACAAUAUGGCGCGGUAUGAUUUCUGAUUCGGAGCAAGGACGUUUUUUUUGGGGAGGUUAUCUCAAGCGUAACGCGCUGCCUUGCACGUCGUCCGCAAUAAGUGGACUCACACCUCGAAGAUGGGAGUCGAACGAGGUUUAAUUUACGUCUCCUUCCUGAUUUUGACGUUUUACCUCUCGGCCGUUCUUUGCGAAAUCGAGCCGCGUUACGAUGAGAAAAUUCAACUGUCCGCGACGUCGACGAAAUUACCGGAGUUUGUGUCUGAGAGGCCGCAGGACAGAGUAGGCUUCCUGCACGCCUUUGUAGCAUCCCUGUCGGUCAUUGUUGUAUCAGAGUUAGGGGACAAAACCUUUUUCAUCGCUGCUAUUAUGGCGAUGAAACAUCCAAGGUUGACUGUAUUUAUUGGUGCAAUAAGCGCUCUCGCGCUGAUGACUAUUUUAUCAGUGGUGUUCGGAUAUGCGGCCACGAUAAUUCCUCGUGCGUACACCUACUAUAUCUCUACUAUUCUCUUUGCUUUGUUCGGAUUGAAAAUGUUACGAGACGGAUAUUACAUGUCGGCGACAGAGGCGCAAGAGGAGCUCGAGGAAGUUCAGUCUGACCUAAGAAAAAGAGAUGACGAGUACGAAAAAGAAACAACGAGUACUCUGGUACAGGAUCCCGAAACUGGAGUAAUACGUAAAACUACUAAAAAUAGUGCACUUAUGCUGCUUUCGAGGAUAUUUCUUCAAGCGUUCACCCUCACCUUUCUUGCGGAGUGGGGCGAUCGCUCUCAGUUAACGACCAUUAUCCUCGCAGCAAGAGAGGAUGUUUAUGGAGUUGUAAUAGGUGGAAUAUUGGGUCACUCGUUUUGUACAGGCUUAGCGGUUUUAGGAGGGCGUAUAAUAGCUCAAAAAAUAUCAGUAAGAACAGUGACUCUUAUUGGAGGUUUGGUAUUCUUACUAUUUGCUAUAACAGCGCUCUUCGUCAAUCCUGUAGAAGACCCUUGAGGCUACCUCUUCCCUAACUUCAGAAUUUUCUACCAGUAUUUGUACUGCUUCGUGAACAUUGUGCGUCGUGUAUAUUGCGAGAAUAUUAUACGUGUAUGUUUGUAUGAUCUGUUUCUACAGAGUUACUGCAAAGUCGCGAAGUUGGCUAGACACUGGCCAGUUUCGCCCAAUGAAAGAGAACUGUCUUCUUAACAUAGAUGAGAUAUAUUAGAUAUAAAUUAUUACAGACUAAUUCACAUAACGCGGGGAUUGCAACUAAAAAAUAAGAUAAGCUGUUUACGAAAAAAAUCUUUAAAAAAAUAAUUUUGUGAGAAAAAUAAGAUGGUAUAGCGUUAACAAACAAUUUUAAACAACUUUUAUUCGACACAUUUUAACAUUAAGUUGUUUGUUUAAAGAACUUUAGGGUUAACAAUCACGAAAAUGGAAACAUGUAUAGAUAAGUAAUGACAAAAUCAGUUUAAAAAGAUCAAGAUUUUGAAAACUCAACUUUAAGAAUCUAAAAGAAAGUGGUUACCAUUUAAAAAAUUAACCUUGAUAUGAUCUUGAAAUUAUCUUCUAAGCUCAAACAUGCGACGCUAAUCUUACUUCCGCCACAAAACAACACAACUUUUAUUUGAAAUAUUUUAUAACACUUAUUAGAAAAAAACUUUUAGUAAGAUCUUUUUUUCGCCCGUUAUGUGAAUCAUCUUUCAUACACAUAUGCUUGAAAGAGUAUUGACGAGGAACAAAAUUUCUUUUCUAAAUAAAAUAAUAGCGCGAACUUUUAAACUCUAUAUCUAAUUUUUUCAUUAACAAUCGAAAAGUUGUUCAUAAACAAUCGUAAAAAGGAUCGAACAUAUUUAUCGCAAAAUUCCUUAGUUAGAAAAAAUUAUCACUAUAAAAAAUUUUAUUAUUACAGUUUUGUGCUCAUGAUAUACUUUGUUAGCUUUUGAACUAUUUUUUUAGAUAAUAUAAUUUUAAUAAUAUCAUGAAUGCGACAUUUACACAACGUUACAAACUUAAGAAUCCUCGUAAUAUAUUUUGCCGAAUUUGUGUACCUAAAGUCUGUACUUGCAUACAGACAUCAAUAAGUUACCCGACUGUACUUCAUAGCCUAUUCUUUAUAGCUGCAUUACUGCAAUAAGUUAAAAGAAUGAAAAAAAAAAUUAUCUUUUAUCUUAUUACACUAGUUCCGCAGUGCAGCUAUAAAGAAUAGAUUAAUAGUUUAUGUAUUUGUAUACAUAAAUAUGUAUCAUAUUUGUAUAGGCCAUUUGUAAGAUAAUAAAAGAGAACAAUGUAUAAUAAUAGAUUAAAAUAUCAGCAUGAUGCUGUGUAGGUGAAAUUUGACGAAAUAAAAAAAUGCAACAAAGAAA